AAAAUAGAACUGUACUUCUCAUCUCUCUCUCCCUCUCCCUCUGUCCCUCUCUCUCUCUCUCUCUCUCCCUCUCUCUCUCUGGGGUUUACAUCUCUGCUGUUUUGUUUUUUAAUAUUUUGGGAAAGAGUCUGCAUUGUAGGGGAAAGGCAGCCACUUCCAAAUGCCACUCUUCCCUAAGCUCCACCUCUAGUUUGCCACUUCUGCGCUUCACUUGCUGGUGCAGUGCACGACCCACCCUCUGAUCCGCAAAUCCUCUCUCUCUCUCUCUCUCUCUCUCUCAAAAAACCCUCGAGCUCCAGUUUCACUGUGCUCUUUUCACAAGAUCCCUUGAAUUGAACGACCCAAAACCCUAGGAAUUUGGUAAAUUUUGAUUCUGAUCAGAACCUCAAAUCCGGAUCUGAUCCGACGCCGAGUCGAAUCUGUGCAAAUGGGGCACCUCAAUCUUCCCUCGUCCAAGCGCAACGCCCGGCAAUGGCGGCUCCUGGACCUCGUGUCGGCGGCCUUCUUUGGGGCCGUGUUUGUCUUCUUCCUCCUGGUGUUCACGCCGCUAGGUGACUCGCUCGCCGCCUCGGGCCGCCAGGCGCUGCUUCUGUCCACGGCGGAUCCGCGCCAGCGCCAGCGCCUUGUGGCGGUGGUGGAGGCGGGACACCAGCAGACGAUCGAGGCAUGCUCCGCCGAGGCGACGGAUCACAUGCCGUGUGAGGAUCCGAGGCGCAACAGCCAGCUCAGCAGAGAGAUGAAUUUCUACCGGGAGCGGCAUUGUCCGUUGCCGGAGGAGACGCCGCUGUGUUUGAUUCCUCCGCCUGAUGGGUACCAGAUUCCAGUGCAGUGGCCAGAGAGCUUGCUCAAGAUAUGGCACAGCAACAUGCCAUACAACAAAAUUGCUGAGAGGAAGGGUCAUCAGGGAUGGAUGAAAAAGGAUGGUCCAUAUUUUAUUUUUCCUGGUGGUGGCACUAUGUUCCCAGAUGGAGCAGUACAAUAUAUUGAGAAGCUUGGGCUGUAUAUUCCCAUAACUGGUGGGGUUUUGAGAACUGCUCUUGAUAUGGGAUGUGGGGUUGCCAGUUUUGGUGGGUACCUACUAGAAGAUGGCAUUUUAACGCUUUCCUUUGCUCCAAGAGAUUCACACAAAGCUCAGAUACAAUUUGCCUUGGAAAGGGGGAUACCAGCUUUUGUUGCAAUGCUUGGCACUCGCAGAUUGCCAUUUCCUGCAUUCUCAUUUGACUUGGUGCACUGCUCUCGAUGCUUGAUCCCGUUUACAGCCUACAAUGCAACAUAUUUCAUGGAAGUGGAUAGGCUACUUCGCUCAGGGGGUUACUUGGUUAUAUCUGGCCCCCCAGUGCAAUGGCCCAAACAGGACAAAGAAUGGGCAGAUCUCCAGGCUGUGGCAAGGGCAUUAUGUUAUGAAUUAAUUGCUGUGGAUGGAAACACUGUAAUCUGGAAAAAGCCUACUGGAGAUUCAUGCCUCCCCAACCAAAAUGAUUUUGGACUUGAAUUGUGUGAUGAAUCAGAUGACCCAAAUUAUGCAUGGUACUUCAAGUUAAAGAAAUGUGUGAGUAGGACAUUAUCUGUGAAGGGAGACCUAGCUCUUGGAACAAUUCCAAAGUGGCCAGACAGGCUAACAAAAGCUCCUUCAAGGGCAACACUACUGAAAAAUGGGGUUGACGUCUUUGAAGCUGAUACUCAUCGGUGGACAAGGAGGGUUACAUACUAUAAGAAAUCGUUGAAUUUGAAGCUGGGCACUCCAGCUGUACGCAAUAUAAUGGACAUGAAUGCAUUUUUUGGGGGUUUUGCUGCAGCGCUUUCAGCUGAUCCUGUGUGGGUGAUGAAUGUUGUUCCUGCUCGCAAGCCAUCUACUCUUGGUGUGAUUUAUGAUAGAGGCCUUAUUGGGGUCUACCAUGACUGGUGCGAGCCUUUCUCAACAUAUCCACGGACUUACGACCUCAUCCAUGUUGCUAGCAUUGAAUCACUCAUAAAACAUCCAGGUUCUGGCAAGAGCAGAUGUAACCUUGUGGAUUUAAUGGUUGAGAUAGAUCGAAUGCUGCGUCCGGAAGGAACAGUUGUGAUUCGAGAUUCCCCUGAAGUAAUUGACAAAGUAGGUCGCAUAGCUCAUGCUGUAAGGUGGUCAGCGACAAUACAUGAAAAAGAACCUGAAUCACAUGGGAGGGAAAAAAUUCUUGUUGCAACCAAAAGUUUUUGGAAGUUACCAUCAGCAUCCCAUUGACACAGCUGUGUUCUUUGUAAUGUAGGUAUUUACUGCUUUUUUAUUCUGAUUUUCAGCCAAGAUAUCCAUUACAUGCAUCAAAUUGAUGCAAUUUUCUUUCUUUCUUUCUUUUGUUUAUUUUAUAUCAAGAGGAUAGUAGCAAUCUUAGAUUGGGAGGAGAUAUAUGUAAAAGAUGGAAAAACUAAUGCAGUUUUAUGCUAGAAUAUGCAUACUGGUGGCAGUGAUAUUGUCAGUUGAUUUUUAGGAUGAGCUGUAAUAUGAUAUUAUUUACCAUCAAUGUAUCAAGAACUCUACUGCCUCA